UCCCCCUGAGGCCCCGGUCAGCUGGAGUCUGGAGGUGGGGUCGGGAACCAGAUCUCCUGGCUCUGAUGUCACCGCAGGGCCUCGGCGGGCGCCCGGAGCGCGGCCCGGCUGGAGUCUCAGUUCAGAGGAAGCCAGCCACCAUCCCUCACCCCUCUCGGCACCGCCAUGCAGGCCCUGGGUCCCGGAGGCGACCGCGGCGCCUCCCCGGCCGCCUCCACUCGAAGCCUCGACUUGGGGCAGCUGUCCCCGCGUGCCGACUCGGCCUACAGCUCUUUCUCCGCCGCCUCGGGUGAUCCCGAGCCGCCGCGCACACCGUCCCCAGGCCCGGAUCUCCUGACUGACCUGGACUGGGGGAGCUCCGUGCGCGCGGUGGCGUGGGGCGGCGGCUCGGCCCCGGCCACUCCCGACCCCACCGCGCGCCCACCCGGAUCCCGGCGGCCCCUCCCGGAGACGCUCAGCAGACAGGCCACGCCCCUGCUGUGCGCGCUGGCGGCCGAGGCCCAGGCCCAGGCCCAGGCCCAGGCCCGGGCGCCCAGGCCCGCCGAGCCGCCCAGCCCGCCAGCGUCCAGGGCCGCCUACCGGCAGCGGCUGCAGGGCGCGCAGCGGCGCGUGCUGCGGGAGACGUCGUUCCAGCGCCGCGAGCUCCGCAUGAGCCUGCCGGGCCGCCUGCGGCCCCCGCCUGCCGCCGCCGCCGCAGGGCCCGCGCGCCUCCCCGCGGCGCAUGCGCGCUCCGCCUCGCUCAGCCACGCCCCGCCACCGCCGGCCCCGGGGGACCCCGAGCGCCCCGGGGGCCGCCUGGCUAAGCCGCUGCAGCGCCAGGGGGGUUGUUCUGCGGAGCCUGGAAAGCUGGGUGGCGUCGGGGAGGGUGGUGGUGGGUCGGCCCCGGAUGGCUGGCGUGAAGCCAAGGCUCUCACGGACCCCGGGAAAUCGGAACCCCCGGAGUGGCGGGGUGAGUUCCGAUCCUCCGCCAGCAGGAGGAGUCCGAGCGCCGCAGGCCCGGUGUCGGGUCCCCGCGAAGAAGGUUCUGGAGCGGCCCUGAGCGCAGCCCAGGCUGUCCUCCAAGGAACGGAACCCCCCAGACCCAGCUUUCAGACCCAGCCUUCCAGGUUCUUGAUCCAGAAAAAGGCUGGAGCGAUUUCCCACAACAGCCCAGCCCACUGUGAGCAGAGGGUCUCAAAGAACUGUGACACGUCCACCCGGCUCCCUUCUCUCCCUGAUGAUGAUGAUGAUGAGGUGUUUGUGGCAGAAGGAUGUGUGCCAGUCAGGAUGAGGAAAUCUCCAGGCUCUCGGUUACCCCAGGGGCUCCCAACCAGUGCGCAUGCCUCUGACCAGCAGUAUGGAAAUGGCUUGAGCCACAGGGCUGGCCAGGCUACAGUUCCUGAAGAGUACACCCUCCAUCCAUGUCCCCGGAUUGCAGGAACAGGUGACUGCUGGCAGAGGGUGAAUGGCUCUGUGGGUGUCUCUAGACCCACAAGCUGUAGCCCCCCGGAAGCAGCAAGUGGUGACACCCCAACCAUUGACCCUCCUGGACUCCUGACCUCUGACCCCUCUGCCACUGCAGAAAAUGGCCCCCUCAAACCCUCCCCGGUUGAUGUGCUGGGACCUUCAGGUAAUGAUCCUCCAGGCUCACCUCACCACACUACCUUGGCCAGGGGUACUGGCCAGCCUGGUUCUAGGCCAACAUGGCCUAGUCAGCGUCUCCAAGAACUGGUUCAAGAGCUAGCCAGGCUGGAUCCCUCUCUGAGUGACUCUUUUGCCUCCCAGUCCAGCCCAGAGCCACCCCUGGGUCUGCUGGAUGGGUUGAUUCCUUUACCAGAGAUCUGGGCUGCCAUGAGGCCAGCGUGUGGGGAGACUGGAGAAGAGACUGCGGGUGAUUCUGAGCCAGGGUCCUAUCCAUGCAACCUCACCCAGCGUCUGCCAACUUCUCAGGAGGACACGAGGCUUGAAAACUCAGCCCCUUCUUUGAUACCUGAUCAGCCGUGUGGCAACAGAGGGUUAGGCCCUGAAUCAAAACACCACAUGCAGGCCAAGACAGUGGAGCUGGCUAGCCUCCUCCAAAAGAUGCUACUAGACCUUCAGGCAGAGCAGGAGCGACUACAGGAGCUGGCCAGAGCUUGGGCUAGGAGAAGGGAAGACCUGGAGGCUGCUGUGAGCCGGAGCUGUACACCCCGGGAGCUGGAGAGGUUCACCCGCUUCUUGGCUGACCUCGAACGCGUGCUUGGCCUCCUGUUGCUGCUAGGCAGUCGCCUGGCCCGCGUGCAUCGCGCCAUGGCUAGGCUGGGCCCUGCCGGUGAUCCUGAAGAGCGGGCCUCCUUGUUGCAGCGUCUCAGGCUGUUGCAACGCCAGCAGGAGGACGCCAAGGAGCUGAAGGAGCACGUGGCCCGGCGCGAGCGUGCCCUGCGUGACGUGCUGCGGCGGGCACUGCCCACCGAGGAGCUGUGCGCCUACUGUGCCCUGCUGGCAGGCAAGGCCGCCAUCCUAGCCCGGCAGCGCAGUCUGGAUGAGUGUGUCCGCCUCCUUCAAGACCAGCUGGACAGCAUCAGAAAUGACCUUGGCCAUCGUCCACUUUGUUCCAGGCCAUCUUGGCCCCUAGAGUCCUGUUUUCCCCAUGAGAAGCCCUUUCCUGCUUCCCCUGUUUAGUUACAGGGAGUGGGGACCACGGGCCCCCAUGCUGGUUUGUUGCCUGAUUUCCUACAGGGAGGCCUGGCUUUCCCACAAUGCUCCUUCUUCAUCCAGUUCUCACAGGGCCUUUGGGCAAGUCUUGUGGGAGUAUUUGGAAAUUAAUUCCUGGGUCUGAAAA